AUGCUCGGCCGCUCGUCGAAAUCUCUCACUCGAGCUGCCGUUCCAUGGCUUAGGUCUCGCGCACAUCCAAGUUACAAUAGUCCUUCUUCUUCCCCACCUCUCCUACAUUUUGCCCGGCUUCUUUCUCAAUUCCAUCCAAGUGUCCAGUCCACACUUUCCCAACUCAAUGCAUUCCAACUUCCUCGGUUCGGGCUCCCAGAAAACUCGAUAGAUGUUAUGACUGCACCUAGUGAAUUCUAUGAUUGUCUUAAAUCUAAAAUUAAAACAGCUAAAACCCGCAUUUUCUUGGCCUCUUUGUAUAUCGGCAAAAAUGAAAAAGACCUUGUUCAAUGCUUGGAACAAGCAUUGUUCCAAAACCCUGACCUUAAAGUCUAUAUUCUUGUAGAUGCUCUUAGAGGAACUCGAGAAGCUCCCGAAGGUCCCUGUGCUGCAUCACUUUUGGCCCCGCUCGUCAAGACUUUUGGCGUGCGUAGAGUCACUGUUUCCAUGUACCAUACCCCGGAACUCCAUGGACUAGCUAAGCUAGUAGUACCCAAGAGAUUUAAUGAAGGUUGGGGGUUGCAACAUAUGAAACUAUAUGGAUUUGAUGACGAAAUCAUCUUGUCAGGAGCAAAUUUGUCGCAUGAUUACUUUACUGAUCGCCAGGAUAGAUAUAUGUUGUUUCGUUCAAAAGAAUUGACGGAUUACUAUUUUAAACUUCACCAAGCCGUCUCUUCAAUUUCUUACAAGGUUAUUCCAUAUGUCAAACCCAAACAGAUUUUUAAUGAAAAGCCUCCAUUUUGGCAAAAGUACCUGCCGGAUCGCCCAGACCCUACGUUUAAGCUUAUUUGGGACCCGAGCUUUUUGAUUCCAGAACCAACAAGAGAUCCUAGAGGAUUCAUUUCAGUUGCUUCAGAAAUCUUACGGCCUCUUCUUAAAUCCCAAACCCCACUGGACCCCUCUAUUUCAGAUGAAAUUAUGACUUAUGUUUAUCCUGUAUCUCAAUUGUCCCCAUUAUUCCCCGAGGGUGAAGAUGCAUCGACUGAGUUCCCAGUGAUUGACCGAUUGCUUUCCAUGUUAACAUUGAAUCACUUUAAUUGGGUUUUUACUGCUGGGUACUUUAACAUGCACCCACAUUUCCGUACAAAGUUAUUAGAAUCAUCUCCACCAGGAGCUGUGGUUGUGGCAGCAGCACCAGAAGCUAAUGGGUUUUACAAGUCAAAGGGGAUUUCAGGGCUUCUUCCUGGAGCUUAUUCAUUGUUAGCAUCAAAGUUUUUGCAACAAGUUAAGGCAACAUCUGAUGCAAGAACACGCAAUUCGCACAUUGAGUUAGUGGAAUGGCGCAGGGGGACAGUUAAUACACCUGGUGGAUGGUCAUACCAUGCCAAGGGGUUAUGGAUCUUUGAGCCUAGUCGGUUUGUUCGGGAAUACAAGUAUACCCCAGCCGAGAAGCCAAUUUCAGCUGUGGAGCAAGUUUCUGAACAAGUGACGAAGCAAGUAGCCAAGCUUUCACAGAAACUUAAGGGAGAGAAAGAAGAAGAAGAAAAAGAAGGAUCUGAAAAAAAUGAAGUUACUAGUGUGCCGAAAUUUAUUCCAGGAGAACCACGAAGUAUGUUUCAAUUGGAAACUGAUGAGACUCUACGCUCGCCUGUUGUUACAGUAAUUGGGUCUUCUAAUUAUACUCGUAGAGCAUAUGCACAUGAUUUGGAAGCUAAUGCCAUUGUUGUAACACGGGACCGUGGACUUCAGGCACAGCUUCGGACCGAGGUUGUACAAAUUCUUUCUCAUGCACGGGAGGUUAGUAUUGCUGAGUACGAGUCCCGGGAGCCGACUUUGGUGCUCCGAACGUUGACAUGGUUUUUGGGUGGUAAGCUUUAA